AUGGAAUUACUGAUGCCUCAUCCUACCCGUCAUAACCAUUUUUCUUGGCUCAAUCAUGUCAAGGAACCAGUUUACAUCUUGCCUAAUCCUAGCAUUUCCGCCUUUUCCACCAGCGAGCCUGAAACUUGGUUCUUGCCUGAAGAGUUACACGAUGAUGAUGAUGAAAUGCAAGUCAACAAUUCCAAUGCUAGUAGUCCAUUUGAGGCCAAAGACCAUUAUGACCUCCCGAUCCGACAAUUGCCACCACCUUAUGCUCUGACCUCGGGAUCACACUUUCAGCCGCAACAAGAGUACCACUCCUAUCAGUAA